AAAAAAAAAACAAAAAUAAUUAGAAAUCACCACACCACGGAGACUCUUGGCAGAAGAAGUCCCCAAAAAAGAAGAAAAACGAACAAUCUAUUCCUUUUCGAAGGCGGUAUAAAGAAAAAAAAUCACUUUAGCGUUCCAUGAAAGUGGGUUGCAGAUGGUAUCAAGAUUAUGAAUUCAAUCAACUGGAGUUUCAAAAUCAUCAAUCAUUCGAAGUUAUUCGAUUGAGUUGUUCCGGUAGCCAAACACCGUAAACAAAAAAAAACGAAGAAAAAGGAAUGAGCAAAGAGGAGGGCGAUAAACGGAAUAAUACAUGGGCGCAACCAAAGAGAGAUUAUCAGGAAAAAGAAGAGGGCAUUAAACUAUGGCGAAUUCUAGUUUUUGGAUUCAUCGGAGCUACUCUCACCAGAGUCGCUGUUACCAGAUUACUGAGGACUGCUGAUCGGGUAUACUCGCAGUCGAGCAGGUCUCAGUCAUCUCGGAAGAGUAGUCGUUCUUUUCGAACUGAUUUUCAAGAGGAUGCAUGGAAAAGAUAUAAUCGUCGUAUGCAAGAAAAAUACGAAGAAGAAAUGGAGAGAGUGGAGCGAAUUCGGCGGAUGCAAACUGUAUUUAACAGAGAGAGAAACAAGUUUAGAAGGGGUUACGAGAGCUGGCAAGAAAAUGGUGAAAGUGCAUACAAUCAGCGUUCUCAGAGGAACGAUUGGUACUGGAAAGCAGAUUCCUCAUUCAGAGAUUACAAUAAUGGUUUUAAGGGGACUCCUACUCCCAAUUCAAGAGCUCCAUUAUCACAUCAUUAUUCAGUCCUUGGCCUUGACAGGCUGAGGACAAAACCCUACACAGAUGACGAGAUAAAGUCAGCGUUCAGAACAAAGGCGAAGCAAUUUCACCCCGACCAGAAUCAGAAUAAGAAAGAGUUUGCUGAAGCAAAAUUCAAGGAAAUUAUGGUGUCGUACGAGGCUAUCAAGUCUGAAAGAAAGAGCAAAUAAUCACCGGUAAGACAGCUUUCCACGCUGUCAUAUUCACCAUUAAUAGAUGUUGUGUUGGACAGUGGUGAUAAAAUUUGUCUGAAUUUAUUUAUUUAUUUAUUUUUUCCUUUUUUUUUCGAUUUUGAGGUGGGUAGUAUAAUUAUAGAUUCGGAUACUUGUUCUGGAGCCUCCUGUAAUCAUGUAAAAGGAAAUAAGUAUACAUGGUCACUGGAUUAGUUACGAAAUCAUAAUAUGAUUGUUACUGCAGUGAUGUAAAUUUUCUAAAACAUACUCCUUGUUAAUAUUUGCUCUACUGUAGAGAAACUGUGCUCGGAUAUGUUUCGAAAAAAAACGAGUAGGAAAUAAGAUUGAAUGUUUUCCUGUACGAUGGAAUUGCGUAGGCGUAUAGUUUUAUUUUGGUAUUCCCGACUGUUUUAGGAGAAUUGUUCUUCUUGAAAAUGUGGAUACCGGAGGGAGAUUUAUUCAAGACGCAAUGUAUUUUUUUUUCCUACUUAU